AUGCGGGCAGCACAGGGCGUGCUCCGCAGGACCCGGCGUCUGCGCGCUCGCUCCGGGCUGUCUGCGCGGCCCCUGGAGCGACACGCGGACACAGCGGACUGCUCGCCCAGCCGCGCCUGUGGCGGGGGCCUGGCCACCCUCGGCCCAUCUGCGGGCAGCUGGCAGUCUGUCUUCUCCGGGGCCGGGCCUCGGGGGUCGGAGGCUGCUUCGCUGCCCUGGGCGUGCCCCGUGCUCCCCAACGAGAAUGAGAUCAGCAUUUUCAUGACCCACCUGUCCAACUACGGGAAUGACCGCCUGGGCUCGUACACCUUCGUGAACCUGGCCAGCUUCGUGCAGAGCUGGACCAACCUGCGGCUGCAGACUCCACCCCCGGUGCAGCUGGCCCACAAGUACUUCGAGCUCUUCCUGGAGCAGAGAGACCCUCUGUGGCAGAACCCCUGCGAGGACAAGCGCCACAGAGACAUCUGGUCCAAGGAUAAGACCUGCGCCCACCUGCGGAAGCUCCUGGCGAUCCGGCCACAGCAAACGGGAACCACGGCUCUGUGCCCGUCCCUGGCCGAGUACCCCUCCAUCCUUAGUAACUGCCCCAGCCCCCAAACCUUAGAGGAAGUACAGUUCUUUAAUAGAAAUAACCACCACAGGGGGAUUGAUUGGUACGCGGACCUCUUCCCCGUCCCGUCUGACGCCACCACGGAGCUUCUGUUAAGUUACUUCCACUCCGAGGAGGCCCCCAAAAGGGCAGCUUCCCUGGUCCCCAAGGCCAAGAUCACUGCCACCCUGGUUGACCCCUCGGACCGAGCCUACUCCUGGUACCAGAUGGUAGACAAGGCACCUUCUCGGGACUCCGUUCCCUGCCCGCCAUUCUCCCCGCUGCUGAGCGUGAAGCCGGUCCCUCUGCUGCUUACAAACGACGACGCACUGCCCUCUGAGAACACAGCGCUGCCACCAGAUGCGACUCCUCGGCUGCCCGAACCGGCCCUCGGCACACAGCCGGGCACGUGUGAACGGGACCGUGCAAAGGCGAGCCACGCGCACUGGGCGCGCAAGGCGGCACCCAUGAGACAGAGCGCAAACCGACAGUCUUCAACGUGA